UACACACAAAUCAAUGACACGUUGAAAGCAAGUUUGACAUAAAUAAAUAGGAGAACAAAAAUGGUAAAAGUUAUCAAUAUCAUUAACAAAAUAUAAAACUUUUCAUCUUAUUGUCAAAUUCAUAGAGAGAGAGACAUGGCCAACAAUUUGCUUGUUUCAGAGGAGAAAUUACUUCCAAGGAGUGUCCAAGAAAUGUCUAUGGAUGGUGAUGAACCACCAUCACAAUAUUUAGUUAAUGGAAAUGUCUUUGGAUCUAAAGAAGAUUCUUCAACACUCAUUCCAAUACCUAUCAUUGAUGUAAGUCUUCUUUCAUCAGAAGAUGAGCUAGAGAAGCUAAGAUCUGCUCUGAGUUCAGCUGGAUGCUUCCAGGCAAUUGGUCACGACAUGUCAACUUCAUAUCUUGACAAAGUACGUGAAGUUGCAAAACAAUUUUUUGCACUUCCAGUUGAGGAAAAACAGAAAUAUGCACGAGCUGUGAAUGAAUCUGAAGGCUAUGGAAAUGACAGAAUAGUUUCGGAUAAGCAAGUCCUUGACUGGUCUUAUCGCCUUACUCUUCGAGUUUUUCCAAAAGAAAAACAAAGGCUUUCUCUUUGGCCAGAAAAUCCUAGUGAUUUCAGUGACACAUUAGAAGAGUUUUCUACCAAAGUGAAGUCAAUGAUGGAUUAUCUCUUGAGAAGCAUGGCAAGGUCACUGAAUUUGGAAGAAGGUAGUUUCUUGGACCAGUUUGGGAAGCAAUCAUUAUUCCAAGCAAGGAUCAACUUCUAUCCACCUUGUUCUAGACCUGAUUUGGUUCUAGGUGUCAAACCUCACACAGAUAGAUCUGGAAUCACAGUUCUAUUACAAGACAAAGAAGUUGAAGGUCUUCAAGUUCUGAUAGAUGACAAAUGGAUCAAUGUCCCUACAAUACCUAAUGCUCUUGUUGUCAAUCUUGGCGACCAAAUGCAGAUUAUGAGUAAUGGAAUAUUCAAGAGCCCAAUGCAUAGGGUUGUGACAAAUACAGAAAAGUUGAGGAUGUCUAUAGCAAUGUUUAAUGAGCCAGAACCAGUGAACGAAAUUGGACCUGUUGAAGGACUGGUAAAUGAGAAACGUCCAAGGGUGUAUAAAAAUGUCAAAAAUUAUGGUGAUAUUAACUAUAGGUGCUAUCAAGAGGGGAAAAUUGCACUUGAUACUGUCAAAAUGACAGAUAACUAGCUAUGAUCAUCAUAAGUGAGACCAUUUCACAUUUAAAUUCCUAAUGGUUUUUGUUGUUAAAAUACACAUUAAUAUUUGGAUUCUUAGGUCGAAUUAUGAAAAACAAAUACAUGAAUGGUUUAGUUGUCAUGAUGAAAUCACCAGUCAAAUUUAUAUUUCAAUUUCAA